AUGGAGAAUGAUUCAGGUUCAUCUCAGGGUCCGGUUACAUGCGGCUCGUGGAUUCGGAGGCCUGAAAAUCUCAAUUUAGUUGUUCUCGGAAGGUCCAAACGUGGGGAUUCAUGUCCUUCUUUGCUUCAGAUUUUCUCUUUCGACCCUAAAACUGUUUCCAUGUCUACUUCUCCUCUGGCCAAUUUUGUAUUAGAAGCAGAGGAAGGUGAUCCUGUUGCAAUUGCUGUGCACCCUAACGGCGACGAUUUUAUGUGCUCUUUAAGCAAUGGUAGCUGCAAAUUGUUUGAGCUGUAUGGUCAUGAAGCAAACAUGAAGCUGUUGGCCAAGGAACUAACCCCUCUACAGGGUAUUGGUUCCCAAACAUGUAUUACAUUUAGUGUUGAUGGAUCUAAAUUUGCUGCUGGUGGGUUGGACGGAUAUCUCAGAAUUAUGGAGUGGCCUAGCAUGCGCAUAAUUUUGGAUGAACCAAAAGCACACAAAUCUGUCCGGGAUAUGGAUUUCAGUCUAGACUCUGAAUUUCUAGCUUCAACUUCUACUGAUGGUUCAGCAAGAAUUUGGAAAGUUGAAGAUGGUGUUCCUGUGACUACUUUGUCUCGCAACUCGGAUGAAAAAAUUGAAUUAUGCCGAUUUUCCAAGGAUGGAACCAAACCAUUUCUAUUUUGUGCCGUUCAAAAAGGGGACAAGUCUCUAACUUCAGUUUGGGACAUGAGUUCGUGGAACAAAAUUGGACAUAAGAGGCUGCUUAGAAAGUCGGCUUCAGUAAUGUCCGUUAGCCACGAUGGGAAAUACCUUUCUCUGGCAAGUAAAGAUGGAGACAUAUGUGUUGUUGAAGUAAAAAAGAUGCAGAUACACCAUUAUAGCAAGAGACUACACCUCGGUACAGCUAUUGCAACGUUGGAGUUCUGUCCUAGUGAAAGGGUUGUACUCACAACCUCAGUAGAAUGGGGAGCAUUGGUCACCAAACUUAAUGUACCUAAAGAUUGGAAAGAGUGGCAGAUAUACUUGGUGCUUUUAGGACUAUUUUUAGUGUCAGCAGUUGCAUUUUACAUAUUCUUUGAAAACUCUGAUUCAUUCUGGGGAUUUCCAGUGGGGAAAUACCAACAACCAAGACCAAGGUUUAAACCAAUGAUAAGAGACCCUCAAUCAUUUGAUGAUCAAAACUCCUGGGGACCGCUAGAUAUGUAA